AUGGUCGCAGUAGCGAGAACAGGGCGACGCGAUCGGCGCAAUCGAUCCGGACGAGGCGUCCGCGACUUUAUCGCCGCCAUCGCCGCCGUCGCCUUGACGUUGGUUGGUCCUGCAGCCAGGUCCACGUCGCCAGGUCGCGUGGAAGCGGCGGCGGCGGCAACACCGCCCGCAUCGGACUCGGAAGAAGGAUCACAUUCUCCUCCUGCCGAUCGCAAUGUUUCGCCGGACCUCGUGGUUCAGUCCGCUGUUUCCCGUCUCUUGACGGAACGCGCGUCAACACCACGGCCGGUAUUCAGUGCGCCUCGACGAAACGGACGACUCGUCAAGAGGCGUCCGGGACCGAAACCCGGUCAGCCUAGAAAGAGAGCCAGAACAGCGGCGGAGGCCUACGACGCUGAACAAGGAUUUACACCUACUGCAGGUGGUAGUAGGACCAUCGACGAACCGUCGACGGCCGUCCGAACUAGUAUACCGGAACCGUCGGUGGUGGCCUCUUCGACGAUUCCGUCGCCGCCGCUGCCAUUAGAUGAUGAUCAACCACUGCCACAACCGGUGCCACUCUCCAAGAGUGCCAAAUUGAUGUGGCACGACGUUGCAAUCACACCGUCGACCUGCUCCACCACCACCAUCACCACGAGGCGCGUUACAACUUCCACGUUGAAUGCUCCGCCAAAAGCGCGUGUAUCUGCGGGCAGGCCCUGCAAGGUUAAACGACCUGGACGCCUACCACGAGCGAGCCACCCCCCCCCCGCCGCACCUGCUACGCCCAUUGUUCGGGAGGCACGUGUCGUCCUCGAACAAAUUGAUUUGGUGACACCGUCACCUGCAGUGUCUGCUUCUUCUGCGAGCUCGUCGCAGAAUAGCCGUCGCGAUGCCGCCGCCGGUAGUGGUCGGUGA